ACAAAAUCCUUCGCCCUGUUUUGGAGGCUUUAAAAUCGUAGAUUUUACCGGAACCGGAAGCGAUUCUGCAAACCGCGUUACUAAGGAAGAGUGAAAUUCGAAGCUGCAUGAAGUCAGAAUACUGCACGUGUUUUCACACCUUGCCUUCCUUCUGUGCUUGGACGACAUCAUGGCUGUCAGGGAGAAUGCUUUUCUUGUCUUUGACGCAGCAUUUUUAAAAGAAGGGUGCGUAUUAUCACAUGCUACAGCAAUUAUUUUUUUGGUGUUGUGCAGUCCUAAUUUAAAUGUUGAUCUAAUUCGAAAUCAACACAGUUUGACAGCACCAAGUGGUCUAAAGAAGCUACUACAAAAGUAUUCGAAGAAAGACGGCGAAAAGCCGGAUGACAUGCGACAUCGCAUAUAUCGUCGUCUUUGGUGUAUAAUGUGGUAUGGAAGCCAAAUUGGACAGUCAGCUAUGUCGGACAAUCAAAAGCCGACCUACGUCUAUCCUCAGGAGCUAAAAGACAUAGUAAGAGCGAUAAUUCCAGGCCAAUUGUCGGACUUCCCAAAUCCAACUGGACCCCACGUUUACGAAAUAACACUACAAGAUUUGGUGAAUGCCAAAUGGCCAAGAUAAAGGAAAAAAUGUGUUUUUUAUUCCAUAGCGUAUUUAGCAACUAUUUCCCAAUUUUAUUACAGGAGUGUCACUGUCAGUGAAAAACACUCAGUAGUUGCGAUUUUUUUAUUAUUUUUAUAAAACAAUAUAAAUAUGAUGCUUCUAAAAUAUCUUUUUUUGAACUCUAUAGAAUUUUGCCACUUUAGUUGAAGUAGCAAAUGCAUUGUAUACAGUACAAACAUUAAAUGUGUGCAACACCUGUGUACUAUUUACUGCUAAAAAGGGUGAACACAUAGUUAUCAUAUCCGUAUAGCAGUAUUUAGUCGUAUUGUAUGUUGCACACUUCUAGUGUUUGUACUCUAGUAUAGAACAAAUGCCGUAAGCUAUAUUGAUCAAUACAAAAGCAUAGUCCUUGAUAGUGAGAGAUUUCUCUACCAAUGUCUGUCCUGAGACAACAUUACACAUUGUAUGAGUUAUUAUUCAGUACUUCUAUUUACACCAAGAAUAUAAAAGAAAAUAGGGCUAGUGGAGCUUCUUGAAUUGCAGUCCAAGUUGCUUUGAAACAUCAUAUCAAAAACCAGUACAUGACAAAGAGGUGCAAUUGAUUAUAACAUUAUGAUUCCAUCAAAACAAUCUUGGACUCAAUGCAAGGUGGCAUUGCAGCACUUGCCCGUGUUGUCAUAAAUAAGCAUUUCAAUGUAUUUAGUAUAGGCUUUAAUACAUUGUUAGUACAAUUCUGGUUUGCCUUUUGUAAGAACUACUCGCAAUAAUUGUUAUUGACCAAUAAAAUAAUACAUGUAUAAUUGAAACAGUCCUGAGCAAUCCAUUUCUAUUUACAACCAACCAAAUUUCAAAAAGGAUGUCACAUUGUAAUUUCAUAACGGAAAUAAACUACAGCUACAUAAUCAAGUCUGAGUAGUUUUAUGCACUAUAAGUUAUACUAAAAUGAGAAGAAAUGAAGUUAGAGCUUUCCAGAUUCUCUUUUCUAGUUUUGGAUAUACACUCUUGUUCAUUAUAUUGCAUACUAUAUUGCAUACUAUACUGUGCUGUAUAUGAGCAGUGCACAUGUUUUUUGUUU